CUAUGUUUCACGCAAUCGAAGAUGGAAAUAAUAAUAGAACAUAUUUGAAAAUAAAAUAAAGAAAAAAACCCUUAUAGAGUGUCCCUUAAGACGAUGAUUAAGAAGAACAAUAUUUUCAAAAUUUAGAGGAACAAAAAUAAAAUGAUGAAUCAGUAUGUUUUGAAUUCAAAAGAAUGACUUUAUCCGAUGAAUUAGAAGAAACAAUGGAGAUAGUCGGAUCAAGGAAAAAGAAUAAGUAACAAUUGGGGGAUUUCUAUUAUAUAUGUGAGUUAAAUGCUCUCAAAAUUUAACAAUCCAUAAUUAGUUAUAGAUCAACUGGAAAAAGUGAAAGAGCCGAGGUAUAACCCUAAAUCGAAGAUAAUAUCUAUGUUUAAGAGACAUCUCAAGACAGUUUUCAUCUUGUCCAAAUUGAUGAGAUAAACUAUAUAAAUUCUUUGAACUUUGAAAACUACCAAAUACGCAGAAAAGCCUAAAAAUACAAGUCUAAAAAAUCAAAGAAAACCAGCCUUUCUAAUCUCUAAAUAUUAGCAAAGGGAAUCUCGAAAUGAUUAAUGAAAAAUAUGUUAUCUUCACAUCUUUUUU